GCCAGAACAGGAAUUACUCAAGCAGCCAGCUGGUCCUCCCGCCAGUAUCUGUGCUCACCAAGGGGACGCAGCGGGAGACGAGGGGGAACUUCACCACAGCUCCGGUGACUCUGUUUGUGUACGAGGCAUGGCAGGGGCUGUCGGGUUGUGGGCUGCAGCUCGCCUUCCAUGCCAACUUCACCUUCUCCCUCUCGCCUCAAUCCGGCCGCGUGGGCUUCAACGGCUUUGCCUUUGUUAUCUCGGCAACCGACCGGGUGGGGAGCGGCGCCGGUGUGGGGUAUGGUGGAAUGGACAAGCGGAGUGUGGCAGUUGAGUUUGACACUGGGCAGGACAAGCAGCACGGCGACAUGCGCAGCCAGCAUGUGGGGCUGAACAUUCGAGGCGAGGACAAGUCGCUAGCCGCUGUGCCGUCUCCAUUCCCUCUAAGCAGCAAGAGGUCAUACACGGCAUGGGUGGACUAUGAGCCGGGGGAUCCCGGCACCAUCCAGGUCUUCCUGGAUGACUCGAAGGAGAAGCCGCAGCAGGCACUGCUGGAGAGGAGGCUGGCGCUGUGUGAGGUGCUGCAGGGUGGGCCCGAGCAGCACGCCUUCUUCUUUGGCUUUGUGGCGUCCACCACUGUGAAGCCAUUUCAGAAGCACGUCAUUCUUGAAUCUACAGUGGACACAGGCCUUCCCGCUUCUCCCCGACCAGUCACACGUACUCCAGCCUAUGGCCUGCAGAUAUUAACAAACACGUACAUGCCAGAGUGGGCCAGCCCCUUCCCGCGCUACGUGAGUGCGGACUACCGAGUGGCGCCCAGCAAGCAGGACUCGUGGGUCGUCAGCGACUUCCACUCCUGGGACUCCGUGCCCUUUCUUGGCUGGCCUGUCAAGGACCAGAAAGACUGCAAUGCUUGUUGGGCGUUUGCGCUGGUGGCGAGCGUGGAAGCGGCAUACGGCAUUGCAACGAAUGGAGAGGCGCCGCAGCUGUCAGUGGAGUCACUCUUUGCAGCCAUGGGGCUCACCUCCGAGGCUGACAAGUGCAGCACGGGGGGCUCCCCCACCGAGGCGCUUGAAACGCUUCUCACGCUGCCCAAUGGCGGAAUCACAGAGGCUGGCGCACCUACCUACAAGUACCAAGAACCUGGCUGCUACACCGGCAGACUGAACCACGCUGUACUCGUGGUUGGCUACUUCGUCUUCAGAAAUGACGGCAGCCAAAAUCGCAUUGCGCCUCCGUUUUGGAUUAUCCGCAAUUCUUGGGGAGUGGAGUGGGGUGAUAGGGGCCACAUGCGUAUGGACAUUCAGGGAGGUGAUGGCGUGUGUGGCAUCAACGUGCUGCCUGGCAUCUACCCCAUUGUCAAGAUGGACGUGUGUGGCUCUGACUUAAAGAACCCCUGCUAUGUGGGCACAUGCAUCAACGACAGCAAGGGCUCCUACUCCUGCAUCUGCCCUCCCAACUACGUUGAAAGCACGACCAUUGACAACUUCCCCACCUGCGACCCAGCCAACACCACGGCCAGCACUCUGGCAGCCAUUGACUGCAGUCGUCCUUUGCCUCGUGGCGUGGUGCUUCAGCUGGGGAAUUCUCUCCUCAUUCCCUGCACCGCAUUCUUCUACACCAUCAGCAGCGACACAUGCUGGUCCAUCAGUGCGCAGCUGGGCUUCACAACCAGCAACCUCACCGCUCUCAAUCCCGGCCUCAACUGCUCAGAGCCCAUCAAGCCGGGUCGCUCUCUGUGCGUUGAGCGCAACGCCACCUUCGCUUUCACCGUCCCUCAGUGCUCGCGAUACGGCGUGCUCACACCACAGGACACGUGCGAACGCCUGCUGCGGCAGGUGGCGGGGAGUGAGGGCGACCCCACAGGGGCUGGGGAGGUGAAUGCCAUGCGCUGGGCUGAGCUGUACCGCAACAAUCCCGGCCUCAUCUGCUCCGAUGUCAUCCCGACUACCGCCUCUGAUGUUGGAAGUAACACUGGCGUGCAGGUGAGUGGUGGAGGGGAGAAUGGACAAGGAGGGAUGGGGGCCAAAAGAUGGGAGGAAAAGGUGGAGGGAAAACUGUGGAAUGAAGGGGUGUUUGAUGGGUGA